AGUUGAGGUAUUCUGUGGGCUCACUAGUGGAGAGCCAGUCUGACUAUCGGUCAACUAAAGUGAUAAGGCGACCUAGAAGGGGACGCAUGGGAGUACGCAGAGAUGAACCAAAGGUAAAAUCACUUGGAGAUCAUGAGUGGAAUAGGACUCAGCAGAUUGGCGUUUUGAGCAGUCAUCCAUUUGAAAGUGACACUGAAAUGUCUGACAUUGAUGACGAUGAUAGAGAAACGCUUUUCAGCUCCAUGGACCUCUUGUCACCAAGUGGCCAUUCUGAUGCUCAGACACUGGCCAUGAUGCUUCAGGAGCAGCUAGAUGCAAUCAAUAAAGAAAUCAGGUUAAUCCAAGAAGAAAAAGAGUCAACAGAACUGCGUGCUGAAGAGAUAGAGAACAGAGUGGCUAGCGUGAGUCUGGAAGGCUUAAAUCUAGCCAGAGUCCAUCAAGGUACAUCCAUUACUGGCUCAGUGACAGCAUCAUCACUUGCAAGCUCUUCUCCUCCCAGCGGACACUCAACUCCUAAACUCACCCCUCGCAGUCCUGCCAGGGAGAUGGAUAGAAUGGGGGUUAUGACACUGCCAAGUGAUCUAAGGAAACAUCGGAGAAAGAUUGCAGUAGUCGAAGAAGAUGGACGUGAAGAUAAAGCCACGAUCAAAUGUGAAACUUCUCCCCCUCCAACACCCAGAGCUAUCAGAAUGACUCAUACCCUUCCUUCUUCAUACCACAAUGAUGCCAGAAGUAGUUUACCUGCUUCAUUGGAGCCAGAAAGUAUUGGUCUUGGCAGUGUCAGUAGCAGUCAGGACUCCCUGCACAAAGCUCCAAAGAAGAAAGGAAUCAAAUCCUCAAUAGGACGCUUGUUUGGUAAAAAAGAGAAGGCUCGACUUGGACAGCUCAGAGGUUAUAUUGAAACAGAAGCGGCAGCACAAGAGUCUCUGGGAUUAGGCAAACUUGGAACCCAAGCAGAAAAAGACCGAAGGCUAAAGAAGAACAUAUCUGGACAUGAACUUCUGGAAGAAGCUCGGAGAAAGGGUUUGCCUUUUGCCCAGUGGGAUGGGCCUACGGUGGUUGCCUGGCUGGAACUCUGGCUGGGAAUGCCAGCUUGGUAUGUGGCCGCCUGCCGUGCCAACGUGAAGAGUGGAGCCAUCAUGUCUGCUUUAUCUGACACCGAGAUUCAAAGAGAAAUUGGAAUCAGCAAUCCUCUUCAUCGCCUAAAACUCCGAUUAGCAAUCCAGGAGAUGGUAUCACUCACAAGCCCAUCGGCACCUCCAACAUCUAGAACAACCCUGGCCUAUGGGGACAUGAACCACGAGUGGAUAGGUAACGAAUGGCUGCCCAGCCUGGGCUUACCUCAGUACCGCAGUUACUUCAUGGAGUGCCUGGUCGAUGCGAGGAUGCUGGAUCAUCUGACGAAGAAAGAUCUGCGUGUGCACUUGAAAAUGGUGGACAGCUUCCAUCGAACAAGCUUGCAAUAUGGAAUCAUGUGUUUAAAGAGAUUGAAUUAUGAUAGAAAAGAACUGGAAAAGCGAAGAGAAAUGAGUCAGCAUGAAAUAAAAGAUGUGCUGGUGUGGAGCAACGACCGCGUCAUCCGCUGGAUACAAGCGAUCGGCCUACGGGAAUACGCAAACAAUAUUCUAGAAAGCGGUGUACAUGGUUCCCUUAUAGCAUUGGAUGAGAACUUUGAUUACAGCAGUUUAGCUUUAUUAUUACAGAUUCCAACACAAAACACCCAGGCACGGCAGAUCCUUGAGAGAGAAUACAACAACCUUUUAGCACUAGGAACUGAAAGACGACUUGAGGAAAGCGACGACAAGAACUUCAGGCGCGGCCCCUCCUGGCGACGACAGUUUCCCCCCCGUGAGGUCCAUGGCAUCAGCAUGAUGCCCGGCUCCUCUGAAACGCUGCCGGCCGGCUUCAGGUUGACCACGACCUCAGGGCAGUCCCGGAAAAUGGCAACUGACGUUGCUUCAUCACGACUGCAGAGGUUAGACAGCUCAACAGUUCGCACAUACUCAUGCUGACAAGGCCUAGCAAAGACGCCAGCACUGAAUUGCUAUGUCAUCUCUUUCUUCUACUUUACCUGAAGUGCACUACCACUACUUAGGAAAAAAGAACAUUUAAACUCUCUGCAAGAACAGGGUAAUAGGGAAGAGAACACAAAGUUUCACAGAUCUGACGUUCUUUUCACAUUUUGGUUAAUUUAAAACAAGAAUACUAAUAAUGAAAAAUCUAAAUUGCUUAAAAACAAACAAACAAACAAACAAAAAAAAACUAAGAGAAGAACAAGACCACCUCCCCCUUUCCUCUCAGCAUUUCUGUCAUCAGAAAUUUGGCAGUAGUACACAUCCAAAGCUUUUAUCAAAUGAAGCCACUCAUUUUUACAUUGUUCCAUCUGUUUUACUGUAAAAUACUAGACAUUACGUAUUUACUGUGUAUGUAUUUCUUUUAAAAUGUGUAAGUCUUAUGUAAAUGGUUAUAAAUAUGAUUUUUUAAAAAUAAAAUCUAUGGUACAUGGGGUCUCAGUGCAAACAUUUGAAAAUACAGUGUCAAUAAUACUGUUUGUAUCUUUCCAUUCCACCAUUUUUACAGUUUUUGGAUUGUAAAAGUCAAACAAAUAUGUUUAGCAGAGUUAGAAGCUUCAACAUGUUCCUACUGAGAAAUCUGUCAAUAUUUAAAGCUGAACACCUGCCUCUGAUGAUGUAUAAUACAAUGACAUAACCUGGAACUGGAGCCAAAAUGGACCUCUAAACACAAAAUGGAAAUGUCAGAUACUUACAGAGAAGCACCAUGAUGGCUCACCUCUUAAAGACACACACAUAAACCCAGAAGAACUGUUUACAGAAAAAAGAAAAAAAAAA